AUGACUAUCCCUGUGGUAGAGACCCAACAACAAGUGGUGAAAAUAGAUCCAGUGGGUGAGCGGAUUCUACAGGAGCUUUCCAAUACACCUUUCAACUGUGUUCAUCUAGUUAGGUUGACUGGUGGGAUUUUGAACUUUGUUUAUCGCGGUACACUCUCCCAUCCUCUAUCCGACGGUGCGAUCACCGUGAUUAUCAAGCAUGCCGAGGAGUUCAUGCCGGGCUUAGAGGGAUACACUCUAUCAACCCACCGCAGUUUUUUUGAGGCAUGCAUUCUCCGUUCAGUUCAUGCCCAAGUCGAAAGCCCCAACACGGCUGGACUCGAGAUCGUCGUACCCCGUGUAUACCACUUCAAUACAGGGUUCAACACGCAGGUCCUUGAGGACUUCACAGGCCAGAUCUCGAUACGAGAUUUUCUCAAAACUCGUUGCACGCAAGAUGCAUCUCGCGUCUUUGCAUCCCGUCUCGGUUUCUCUGUGGGAAGUUGGCUGAGUUCCCUUCAUCAUUGGGGAGAAGGUAAGACCCCACAAGAAGUGAGUCACGAAGAGCAAGCGAAUCGAGAUGUGCAUGAUGCCACUUUUGACUUCUACUACGACAAUGCCGUACGCAAGGCAGAGCAAUUGCCCCAUAUAUUGCAGGGAUGCAAGCAAAUUUUUGAACAGGUCAAAGAAGGCGCUGCAAGGGAGUUACGCAGCAUGAGUGGUGAGAAACUUGGGAUGAUCCAUGGAGACAUGUCAACCAACAAUAUCCUAAUUGCAGACAACCAAUCCAUUCACGUCGAUCAUUCCCGUCUCGUUGUAAUUGACUGGGAAUUGUCUCAGUACAACUCGCAGCUCCGAGAUUGCGGUCAAUUUAUCAGCGAUAUUUACAAGCUCCAGCAUUUUGGUUUUGUCGAUCCGAACACGGGAAUGGCAGUCAUUCGCGGCUUUAUCGAAGGUUAUUCCCCCUUGCAUGAGGAUGCAAUCUUCAAAUUCUCGAUUCAUAUUGGGCUUUUUUUGUUACUGUGGGAUGUCGCACUCCCAGGUCCUCAUGAUGCAGAUAAGGUUGCAGACUUGGUGGCCCUUGCUAGGGACCUGGUCGUAUCGGGGUGGGAAAGGGAUCUUCACGCCCUCCUGAAGACUUUCCUGGGCAAAUGCCUUAAUGGCAUGGCUGGCUGA